AUGGCUUCUUCCUCUUCGCCGCCGUCGUCUUCGUCUUUACCUCCGGUGAUGGAAGACGGAGAAUUUAGAGACUGGGCGGAUAUUCCGCCGGAAUUAACUUCAUCGAUCCUGCUCCGGCUUGGCACGAUCGAGAUAGUGGAAAACGCUCAGAAAGUGUGUAAAUCGUGGCGUCGCGUCUGUAAAGACCCUUCGAUGUGGAAGAAAAUCGACAUGCAUAAUCUCGGAGAUUUGGGAAGCAUGAACUACGACCUAGAGAUCAUGUGUCGUCACGCAGUUGAUCGCAGUCAGGGAGGCUUGAUUAAGAUCGAUGUUUGGUACUUUGGUACUGAUCAUCUCCUCAAUUACAUCGCCGAGAGGUUCUGUCUCUCUCUUCCUGUGACUCAAAAUCUUGGGUUGAAUUUGGUUCCACUCCACUGUAUGGGUCUAGGAUAUUGUGUCACUCUUUAUAGCGCUGUCUCUUUACUUGGGAAUAUGUAUGCAAUUGUGAAAUUUCCAUUGCUUGAAGACCUUGAGGUUUCAUACUGCUCAUGUUCAGGAGAGACUUUGAAAGUUGUAGGCCGGUCCUGUUUAAAUCUCAAGACAUUGAAGCUAAAUCGUGUUGGUUGCAAGAGUCCUCGCAUUGAAUGUGAUGAUGAUGCUUUAGCAAUCGCUGAAACAAUGCUCGGACUUCGUCACCUUCAGCUUUUCGGGAACAGAUUAACAGACACCGGGUUAAUGGCCAUUCUUGACAAUUGUCCUAACUUGGAACACCUUGAUUUACGCCAGUGUUUCAACGUUAACCUUGUUGGGGAUUUGGGGAAGCGGUGUUCCGAGAGGAUCAAAGUUGUGAGACGCCCUAACGACUCGACUCAUGGCUACCCAUAUGACGCAACGGCUAUCGACAUGGAUUCAUCUGAUAGUGACCACCGUUUUUUCUUUGAUAACAUUGGUUACUAUUCUGAUAGCAACAGUUCCAAUGACCUCCCAGGUGAUAGUGACUAUAAUGAUUAUGACCAUUAUGAUUAUGGCCAUUAUGAUCAUGACCCUUGGGAUCAUGACCAUUACGAUCAUGACAUCUGUGGCUAG